AUGCGCCACCCACCACCCGCUUUCGCGCCACGCUUGAAGCUGACAAGCGCAUUCCACGGCAGUGCCACCAGCAAGAAAAACGCCGUCAAAACAAAGCACGACGCGGUUCCCUCCGGCGCCGCACCGGGGCGCCGGGAAAAUAUGGCCCAGAGGCGCCCAUCUCUUUUUUCAGCUGCGCCGACGGCGCUUUUUGCUCCAGAAGCGGCCUUUUGUUUCUGUUCUAACCCCUGCUCGCGUUCGAGGGAGGCUCCUGGUCGCCACGUGAACGCCCACGCUUCGCCGUGGCGGCCGCGAACUGCUGUCUUUACCUUCCGCCUGGCCAAUGUAAAGGGCAAAGCGCCGACGCCAAUCCACCACUUCAGGGGGGAAGUGUCCCUUCUCCCGCGCAACCGCGCAAGCACAAUGCGCAGGUCGCGAAACACUGUCGCCCUGGAAAACAGUCGCGUAGCUUCCUUUCUUGGCGUCUAUGGAGCCCACGGCGCCGCCACCCACCACGCCAACCCCCUCACGCCAACAGCGUCGAUGUUGCAAUGCUGUCGCUGGAAGCGACCACUUAGACCAAAACGCCACGCCACGCCACACCACAAGGGAGCUAUACAACGCCCGCUGGCUUCCCCAGCCUGGUUCGCAAACGAGAACUUAGAUCCUGCAGACCGCCACCGCCGCCUCGCGAGCCAGCGCCUCUCGCUCGCCAAGCGCUCGGUAACUCCGUCGUUUGGAGGGCAUGUCCGACCACAGCUUUGCUGUGAGGGCCGCUGGCUUGUUGUUUCCUCCUGCCCCCUUUAG